UUGCGAGGACCGGUCUGAGCCGGUCUCCAGCGCAGGCGCAGUGCGGAUAAACAGGAAGCGGGCGGUAGAGCCAGCGGCAGAAGAGAGCGAGGGGCUGCGGGGAGAGCAGCGGAGGGCCUGAGGCCGUUGGGAAGGCAGCAGAGGGUCUCUAGACUGAGAGAAGGCGCUUCGGCCAUCUGCUUCCGAGGAGCGAGAAGCUGCAGCCUCAUCUCCCGCCCAGGUCCCCGGCUCCCCGGCUGCGGCCGCGGCUGACAAAGGGCUAGCGCCGGUGCCGCCGCCCUUCUCAUCCGGGCACUCGGGUCCCCGCGGCGCGGGAGGGGCAGGGCCGGGGGGAGGGGAAGGCGCGGGAGGCCGCGCGCUAGAAGCCGAGGCCCGCUGCAGGGCUCCGGGCCGGCGGCCCAGCGGACGGAGGCCGAGGAGGACCGACAGACGUGGCGGCGGUCGCGGGCAGGAGGAUGGUGCAGAAAGAGAGCCAGGCGGCGCUGGAGGAGCGGGAGAACGAGCUGAGCGCCAACCCCGCCGCGUCCGCGGGGGCAUCGUUGGAGCCGCCGGCGGCCGCGGCUCCGGGAGAAGACAGCCCCGCCGGGGCCGGGGGAGCGGCGGCGGCCGGGGCGGCCGGAGGGGCGCGGAGGUUCCUGUGCGGCGUGGUGGAAGGAUUUUAUGGAAGACCUUGGGUUAUGGAACAGAGAAAAGAACUCUUUAGAAGGCUCCAGAAAUGGGAACUAAAUACAUACUUAUAUGCCCCUAAGGAUGACUACAAACAUAGGAUGUUUUGGCGAGAGAUGUAUUCAGUAGAAGAAGCUGAGCAACUUAUGACUCUCAUCUCAGCUGCACGGGAGUAUGAGAUAGAGUUCAUAUAUGCUAUCUCACCUGGAUUGGAUAUUACUUUUUCUAACCCUAAGGAAGUAUCCACAUUGAAACGCAAACUGGACCAGGUUUCUCAGUUUGGAUGCAGGUCGUUUGCUUUGCUUUUUGAUGAUAUUGACCAUAAUAUGUGUGCAGCAGACAAGGAAGUAUUCAGUUCUUUUGCUCAUGCCCAAGUCUCUAUCACAAAUGAAAUUUACCAGUACCUAGGAGAGCCAGAAACAUUCCUCUUCUGUCCUACAGAAUACUGUGGUACUUUCUGUUAUCCAAAUGUGUCUCAGUCUCCUUAUUUAAGAACUGUGGGUGAAAAGCUUCUACCUGGAAUUGAGGUGCUUUGGACAGGGCCCAAAGUUGUUUCUAAAGAAAUUCCAGUAGAGUCCAUUGAAGAAGUUUCUAAGAUUAUUAAGAGGGCUCCUGUUAUCUGGGAUAACAUUCAUGCCAAUGAUUAUGAUCAGAAGAGACUGUUUCUGGGCCCCUACAAAGGAAGAUCUACAGAACUCAUCCCACGGUUAAAAGGAGUUCUCACUAAUCCAAACUGUGAAUUUGAAGCCAACUAUGUUGCUAUCCACACCCUUGCCACCUGGUACAAAUCAAACAUGAAUGGAGUGAGAAAAGAUGUAGUGAUGACUGACAGUGAAGACAGUACUGUAUCCAUCCAAAUAAAGUUAGAAAAUGAAGGCAGUGAUGAAGAUAUUGAAACUGAUGUACUGUACAGUCCACAAAUGGCCCUAAAGUUAGCCCUAACAGAGUGGUUGCAGGAGUUUGGUGUACCUCAUCAGUACAGCAGUAGACAAGUUGCACACAGUGGAGCUAAAGCAAGUGUAGUUGAUGGAACUCCCUUGGUUGCAGCACCCUCUUUAAAUGCAACGACUGUAGUUACUACUGUUUACCAGGAGCCCAUUAUGAGUCAGGGAGCAACCUUGAGUGGUGAACCUACAUCCUUGACUAAGGAAGAAGAAAAGAAACAGCCAGACGAGGAACCCAUGGACAUGGUAGUAGAGAAACAAGAAGAAGCAGAUCAGAAGAAUGACAAUCACAUAUUAACUGAAAUUGUUGAAGCUAAAAUGGCAGAGGAAUUGAAACCAAUGGAUACUGAUAAGGAGAGCAUAGCUGAAUCAAAAUCUCCAGAGAUGUCUAUGCAGGAAGAUUGCAUUAGUGAUAUUGCGCCUAUGCAAACUGAUGAGCAAACAAACAAGGAACAGUUUGUACCGGGUCCAAAUGAAAAGCCUUUGUAUACUGCAGAACCAGUGACUCUGGAGGAUUUGCAAUUACUUGCUGAUCUGUUCUACCUUCCUUACGAACAUGGACCCAAAGGAGCACAGAUGUUACGAGAGUUCCAGUGGCUUCGAGCAAAUAGCAGUGUUGUCAGUGUCAAUUGCAAAGGAAAAGAUUCUGAAAAGAUUGAAGAAUGGCGGUCACGAGCAGCCAAGUUUGAAGAGAUGUGUGGACUGGUGAUGGGAAUGUUCACUCGACUCUCGAAUUGUGCCAACAGGACAAUCCUUUAUGACAUGUACUCCUAUGUUUGGGAUAUCAAGAGUAUAAUGUCUAUGGUGAAGUCUUUUGUACAGUGGUUAGGGUGUCGUAGUCAUUCUUCAGCACAGUUCUUAAUUGGAGACCAAGAACCCUGGGCCUUUAGAGGUGGUCUAGCAGGAGAGUUCCAGCGUUUGCUGCCAAUUGAUGGAGCAAAUGACCUCUUUUUUCAGCCACCCCCACUGACUCCUACCUCCAAAGUUUAUACUAUCAGGCCAUAUUUUCCUAAAGAUGAGGCAUCCGUGUACAAGAUUUGCAGAGAAAUGUAUGACGAUGGAGUGGGUUUACCUUUUCAAAGUCAACCUGACCUUAUUGGAGACAAAUUAGUAGGAGGGCUACUUUCCCUUAGCCUGGAUUACUGCUUUGUCCUAGAAGAUGAAGACGGUAUAUGUGGUUAUGCCUUGGGCACUGUAGAUGUGACCCCUUUCAUUAAAAAAUGUAAGAUUUCCUGGAUUCCCUUCAUGCAAGAGAAAUAUACCAAGCCAAAUGGUGAUAAAGAACUUUCUGAGGCUGAGAAAAUAAUGUUGAGUUUCCAUGAAGAGCAGGAAGUAUUGCCAGAAACUUUCCUUGCCAACUUCCCUUCUUUGAUAAAGAUGGAUAUUCACAAAAAAGUAACUGAUCCUAGUGUAGCCAAAAGCAUGAUGGCUUGCCUCCUGUCUUCACUGAAGGCUAAUGGCUCCCGGGGAGCUUUCUGUGAAGUGAGACCAGAUGAUAAAAGAAUUCUGGAAUUUUACAGCAAAUUGGGCUGUUUUGAAAUUGCAAAAAUGGAAGGAUUUCCAAAGGAUGUGGUUAUACUUGGUCGGAGCCUGUAACAUUUUUGGCACUGUGAACUGUCAAAAAGUCUCUUCACCUCGUGGUUAGGGUCUUCGUAUACAGUUCAGCUUCUGGAGUGGCAGCAAAUCAGCCAAUUGGCAUUGGAAACAAAGAAGACUAUUUAAAACUCACCCAUCACAUUUUGAGACUACUCACUGGUUGGAAGAAGAUAGUAUAUUGCCACAAAUCCUGUAUGCAACAGGGAUAUGGGCCUGGGAUGUGUGAUAGGUGUCAAGACCUCUUACAUGGGCUUAUAGGGAGGGGUCUUCAAUAAAUGUAGUCAGCACUGGCUUUUGCAUCCAUUGUGGCUACAUCUUUCACCUAACAGCAUUCAAAUUUGUCAUCUUCCUUGGCUUAUUGAAUGAAGCAUUUCUCAUUCUUUGGUGACAUGACAAGAGGAGAAAGAUUUAGAGAGUAUCAGAGGCUUCAGGGAGGAGUGUUUAUGUGGGCUGGUUGUGGCAUAGUUUAAGCUGAAUCAAUGAUUUCAGUUUUCCUGCCCUGUGAAACCAAGACCAUUGUCUCCUGUAAUGACCAUUGGUUCGGGCAUGUUGUGCUUUCUAGGGCAGAUGUGCAGUUGUUUGUGGCAAAAGCCUAAAAGUGGAAAACCUGUAACAUUUUUGUAUAUAAAUUAGGAGGUGUGACUUGACUACCCUUUGUGUUUACUUCUGUAAUCUUCCUUUUGAAUAUGAAAGGAUAUGGUUCAGGGAUGGCACUUUGAAUAAUGUAAAUCAUUGGAUGGUGGAUUUUUGUUUUGUUUCUUAUUGAAGUUUAUUGUUUUUAAAGUGCCUCCUAUCUACAGCUAGGCCAUGACCACUUUGGGUAAGGGAGCCUAACUUCAUAGGACUCACUGUUGCAGAAUGUGUAGUCACUCCUGGAAAUUAACCUCGAUGCAGGUCAGCAUGUGAAAUUUUCAUUUUGACAGCUGUGUAGUUCAGGGUUCAGGGAUUGAGUGCUCCCAUUAACCCUCAGAUCAGUUGUCCUUUAAUUUCAAGGCCUGUUUACUGGUUUCAUUAAAUCAGAGUCUUUAAUUCUUGCAUGUUUGUAUCUUUUAAGAGAAAGAAUGAGCAACACAUUAACCAAUGAUUUAUAGUUACCCUUUUUCCUUUUAGCUGCAGAUCCCGAAAGCUUCCUGUAUUUUAAAUUUGAGUUCCUAAAAGUUCUGAGCAUGAGGCUGGCUUGCAGGUGACUCAUUUAUAGGAUUUUUUUUUUAUCAUGACUUCUCUAUAGAUUUAUAACAGUAAAUUCUUACCUGCUUCCCUGAAGUUUUUAUUGUCUGUUUAGAUUUGAGCUGAGAUUGGAGUGGUGAGAAGGAAACCUUUAACAUCUACUGUCAAAAGAGUUUCAUCAGUGUGUGCUUUGAGAGUCUUAGAGCAGUGUACCUAGUGGUACUUAGUGACUUAGACCCAAGGCCCAAGAAUGUGCACUGAAUGAAUGAGAUGAAGGAAAGAAGCUUCUUCAUUUUUCAGGAUAGAAAUCUUCAACUGAUAGGAUAUGAUCACUGCAGUUAGUGUUUUCAAGCGCUGAGGUGACAGGAAGAUCUUUCUACAAGAUACUGUUUAAAAUGGCUCAUGUAAUUUGGUUUCUCUAAGUGCAUUUUGCACACUAUGAACAAUUCUAGUAUUUUAUCCAGAGGACUUCAGAGUCAACCAAUCAGGUUUUUUUUUUUUUUUUAAUAAUUUUGCUUGUGGCUUUAUCUUGAAUUUUAAUAAUCACUUUGGCUGGCCUUCUGGUCAUAGGUGGCAACUAUGGAACAGAUGUCCAGGCCUAUAACUUCAUCAUUGUAGGAUUGUAAAGUGCUAUGCUAUCUUCUAUGGUUAUGAAUAUUUAUUAAGGUUGGAAUGACAUUUCAUUGAUUGAUUAGAUCACAGCUCAGUUCCUGUAGAAAACAAACUGUCAAACUAUCUGAAGACCAUGCAAGAGGCAAAAUAAAACUUGAAGUGAA